ACGCGAGAGGGAGAGGGAGAGGGAGAGAGAGAGGGAGGGUGAAGAGGAGGAAGAGCUCGCUAGGGUUUGGCGGGACGAGGAAUUGGAGUCUCGGCGGAGGCCAGGAGGCGGGAUAGGGUCAGGGUUUCGCAUCGCUGCUGGAUGAUUUCCGGCUCAGAUGUUCCUCGUUUCCAUGCGGAAAUCGUUCAAGGACUCCCUCAAAGUCCUCGAAGCUGACAUCCAGCACGCCAACUCACUGUGCAGAGCUUCAGAUUUUCCAAGGGAAUAUGAUGGUGCUUGUCUUCAGAUGCGAAUGUCAUAUAGCCCAGCUGCACACUUAUUUCUUUUUCUGGUGCAAUGGACAGACUGUAGCCUUGCAGGGGCUCUUGGUCUGCUGAGAGUUCUGAUAUAUAAGGUUUAUGUUGAUGGAAAAACCACAAUGUCUAUCCAAGAAAGGAAAGCAAGUAUCAAAGAGUUUUACGGGGUGAUUUUCCCUUCUUUGAUACAACUGCAAAAAGGGAUAACUGAUAUGGAAGAUAAAAAGCAAAAAUCCAUCUGUGUAGAAAGGUAUAGGAGAAGAGAAGAUGAUGACAAGCAGCAACUCUCAGAGAUAGAUGUUGAGAGAGAGGAAGAGUGUGGUAUCUGCAUGGAGACGAACAGCAAGGUUGUGUUGCCAAAUUGUGGCCAUGCUAUGUGCAUGAGGUGCUACUAUGAAUGGCAUUCGCGAUCACAAUCUUGCCCCUUCUGUCGCGAUAGCCUCAAGAGGGUAAAUCCAAAUGACCUAUGGAUACUAACUGACAGACGCGAUGUUGUUGACAUGGCAACGGUUGUGAAAGAGAAUCUGAGGCGCCUGUUCAUGUACAUAGAGAAGUUACCACUUGUUAUGCCAGAUUCUGUUUUGGAUGUCUAUGAUUCUCAUGUGAAAUGACCUGUCAGGGACACUUUUGCUUAUCCACCUGCACCUUGUCGAAUUCUUCAGCUGCAAAACCUGUUGGCUAAUUCGUCUCAUCAGAAGAUAGUAACAGAUUGCCUCCUUAAGGCUGCUCCAAAGUCUUGAGAGCAGCUCAUUUAACUCGAAGGAGAUUAAUCCCUAACGAUAUGUAUGUAAAUCAUCUGCAGCCUAUUGUAUAUGUUUAUGCGGUUGGUACAUAUAUCAUGCUCGUAUUUUGCUAAUCAGUAUAUCAACAAUGCUUUGCUCAUCGAUUGGUGUGUUUCCGUUCUCACUCAAAACCUGGAUGGUUGUUCAAUGAUCUCUUUCAAUAAUGGACAUAAAGUGCAGUCACAUUACUGAGAUUUUA